CAAUAGGGACUGAUCUGUCCCCAGUAGUCCCACCGGGACAAGCAUUACAGUAAAAGUAUUUUUUACGUUGCGCUGAAAGUCGUAGUAGUACAGUUACGGUAGUGGGCAAGCACCAUGAGCAGAGCUGAAGGAGCCGAGGAGGAAAACAGUGGCAGCGGCAGCAGAAGGCAGACGGAGCGGGCUGAAGUUGGACUGCGCUUCCUUGUCGCCGCUUCCCACGGCGUACUCACUGCUAAAACCCAGCGUAAUAGUGUGUUUUUAUUUUACGUCUGAUAAGUUAAUACGUUGGGAAGCAUCAGCAAAAGGUCCUCAGCUCUCCGAGUCGAGAUGAUGGAGGAGUCGGUGAGCGCUUUUGAGACGCAUCUGACGGCCGUUAUGGACAGCCUGAUCCGCGCCUCGGUGUGCGAGAUCAGCAAGCUCUUCCAGGAGACCGUGAACGACUACCUGGUGGAGCUGUCCCUGAACAGGAAGGAGAACGAGGCUCUCAAGCUGCGGCUCAAGCUCACCGAGAGCAAGCUGAGGACGGAGCGCAAGUACGGAAUGGGCUGGGCGGCCAGCCGCCGCAACGCCGGGCUGGCUGCAGGGGAGGAGGUCGGAGGGCGGCCGAAACGGAAAGUUGACAUCGCCCGAGGCAAGCUGAAAAAGGUCCCAGCAACAGCCCAUGGCAAAGGAUGGCCAGGAGGUGUGUGGGAGGAAGGAGGAGGUGGCGGGGGAGGAGGAACUGGAGCAUCAGGCAUAGAAACGGGACGAGGAGGAAGAGGGGGGAAGGAGCCCAGGGAGGCGUACCUUGUCCAGUUCCCCCGGGAUGAGGAAGACGAGGGAGAGAUGGUGGAUGACGAGGACGGGGAGGGCAGCCUCGGCGGCAAGGGGGAGGAGAACGGCAACAUCAAAGAGGAGUUUUCUCAAACUGAGGGCUAUCUGCCUGCUUCUCUGACGCUCAUAAAGGAGGCUCUGAAGAUGAAUCCGCCCAACCAGAACCUCCACACUGGCUCAAAACCCCAGGUUGAAGACCUCCCAGAUCGCCCCCCAACUCUUCAUCAGAAAGGAGAGGAAGACUGGGCUCUGAACCGUUCCGAACCAUCAGAUGGGGGCAUGACGAUGGAUGAGCUUCGAGGUCUGGAAUCUGCACUGCGAGCUGAGAGAGGCCGUGAGCAGGCUUCCAGGACAACAUUGCAGCGUGAUGCAGAGGUGGUGCAAGGAAACGAGAUGAGUGUGGCUCCGAAGUACAUUGGACUGGAUGGACUGGAGCAGGAAGGAGAGGUGGAUCCUCAGCAUCCCUCUCUGCUGAGGGAGGACCAUGUAGUGCAAGCUGGUGUGAAGGAUGCUGUGAGGGCUGGAGGUGUUGAUGGAGCGGAGCUGAAGCUAGGCUGGUCAAAGAAGCUGAGAGAGGUUGACUGUACUACUGUAAAACCUGUAGAGCGCGCUGUAGAACAGGCGGAGUCGGAGCUGCUGCCCCAACUGUCUGCUCCUGGAAGCGUUGAGGAGAGCGGAGAAGAAGAGGGCGGAGGAGAUCUGCUCCACUUCUGUCCACAGUGUGGAGGAGGCUUCACUUCAGAGGCUGAGCUAGAUGAGCAUCCAUGUCCACUAGGUGGCGCCCAUUUACAGGGCAGCGGAGCAGAGGGCGGCCUCUUCCCCUGUGCCCACUGUGGCAACACUUUCAGCCAUGCCUGGGCCCUCAAGAACCACGAGUGUGCCUGCGCCGCUGAGCGACCGCACUGCUGCGAGAUCUGUGGGAAACGCUUCACACACUCACGUUCACUGGAACGCCAUCAUCUGGUGCACACGGGCGAGCGGCCGCACCGCUGCCCGCAGUGUGGGCGCUGCUUCAGUCGGCUAGGCAACCUGGAGCGGCACCAGCGGAUCCACACGGGGGAACGUCCGUAUGGGUGCGAGGCCUGCGGGAAACGCUUCAGUCGUGUGGAGUACUUGAAGAGACACCAGCUCAUACACAACACUGAGAAGGCAACACUGCAGUGCUCCAACUGCGGCAGGGGCUUCUUUGAAAUUGAGCAGCUGAAGAACCAUCAGUGUUUCUAGAGCUGCCUCCUGAAAACCUCUGGAGAAAGUUGAAGUUGAUGAAUGUGAUUGGUGCACUGUGUUACUCUCUGUGAUCAUCUUUGAGCUUAAAAGCACACAUGUGGGUGAUUUUUGCUGGCAAGAAAUCAACUCUAUAACUCAUUUCAUUGCAGGAAAAUAAAGUCUGACAUUUUUUGUGGAAACAUGUAAAACCUGAACUUAUUUAUGAGGAAGAUUACAUUGUAAAUUUGUAUUAUUUUAUCAAUAAUUCACUUGUAUUAAGGUCCUAUUCCUUUCCUGCCAAAAUAACAGUUUUGUAAGCUUUGUAUUUUGUAUCUUUGGGUUUUGGUCUCUGUUACAAAAAUAAACACUUCGAUUCAUCCUAAAA